CUUCGUUACCAGGUGCGUCGCAGGAUCGUUGGUACCGCCGACACCUUCACUCGCUCUCCAAAAUUUUCAGAGUAUUGUACGGUUUCUCCCCCCGGUCCGGCUCUCGGAUGCGCUCUCUCUCUCGCCUCUCCGUUGUUCCAACCACCGAAUUCUUGGGAAAUUUCGAUCCCUGCCGGCCGCGGAUGCUCGUCGCCGGCUCGAUGCCAAGGACUGCGAAGCCUGGCGUGGCGAUCCCCGGGGGCCACCGGAUCCGAUGCGGGAGGGGAAUGACUUGCAUGAAGCUAGGGUUUCGGCUGUGGUCCCCUCAAGAACCAACAAGAGAGAGCGGGAAGGCCGACUCCGUCCGUUGGAAGAGCCGCUUCAAGGAUCCCAUGGGGAAGGGGAAGAAGGUGGCGGUGGAGAACGUCCGCGGCGGGGAGGACCUCUGGGAUGCGGCUGCCGUGGCGGAGCAGGGGAGUUACCCGGAGCAUCUUGUCAUAAUGGUGAAUGGCUUGGUUGGAAGUGCCGAAGAUUGGAGAUUUGCUGCGGAGCAGUUUGUGAAAAAGCUUCCAGAUAAAGUAAUUGUCCAUCGCAGUGAGUGCAACACUUCAAGACUGACAUUUGAUGGAGUUGAUUUGAUGGGUGAGAGGCUAGCAGAAGAGGUCCGAUCAGUUGUUAAGCAGAGAGGAGGUGUACAGAAGAUCUCAUUUGUAGCUCAUUCAUUGGGUGGCCUGGUAGCCAGAUAUGCUAUCGGAAGGCUUUAUGAGCCUUCUACUAGAGUGGAGCCUCCUGCUGAUGCCAAGGACCAAUUUGAUGAAGAGGGCAGUUUGGAUGGUAGAAUAGCUGGGUUAGAACCUAUGAAUUUUAUAACAUUUGCAUCACCGCAUCUGGGUUCAAGGGGGCAUAAACAGAUUCCUUUCCUUUGUGGUCUUCCUUUUUUGGAGCGAAGGGCAUCUGAAACUGCACAUUUGAUAGUUGGGAGGACUGGAAAACAUCUAUUUCUUACAGAUAGUGCUGAUGGAAGGCCUCCACUUCUCCUACGAAUGGUUGAUGACUGUGAUGAUAUAAAGUUCAGGUCAGCUUUGCGCUCUUUCAAGCGUCGUGUUGCCUAUGCCAAUGCAAAUUAUGACCAUAUAGUAGGAUGGAGAACAUCGUCGAUUCGUCGUCAACAUGAAUUACCCAAACAUCAUCUUCUUGUAGAGGAUGACAAGUAUCCACAUGUUGUUUUUGUGGAUAAAGGAAAUGUAGUGAUCAAGCAUAAUAAAGUACUGGUAGAUCGCGAAGCACAAAAAUAUGACUUGGAAGAGGAGAUGAUUAGAGGGCUUACACAAGUACCUUGGGAGCGUGUGGAUGUAAGCUUUCAGAAAAGUAGGCAAAGAUACGUUGCACAUAAUACCAUCCAGGUGAAGAGUUACUGGUUGAACUCUGAUGGUGCGGAUGUGGUCUUCCAUAUGAUAGAUAAUUUUCUUAUCUAGUCCCUCGACAAGUUGUGGUUCUCCAUUGAUAGGCUACUUGCUGAUUCCCAAGUGUAGCAGAUUAAUGCAUGUACAAUUAUUUCAAAAAGCUCAAGCUUGUAUGUAAAUAAUUGUCCUUUUUGUAUUAAUAAUCAUUUUGAUAUAUUAUUUUUCAAUUCUGCUGAUUUGCAGUGGUAAUCGUCAGUAUUUAUGAUACUCCACAUCGUGAAUCUGCUAAUCAAGAAUUGUACAAUUUUCUUUUCUUA